AUGUGGUCUUGCAUCAUGAAGCCAAUGGCGGUUCUCGCCUCAGUGGCUGCACUGGCCUCACCCGUCGCGGGUGAGAAGAUCCUCUACUCCAGCUCCCUCAACAGUUGCCAAAAGGACAAUGGUUUCAAAGCCACACUUUUCAACGUCGCUUUGACACCGAACAACGGUUCUGCCUAUGUCAACGCUGUGGCGACUUCGUCUAUCCAAGGCAAGGUCAAAUUCGACAUUCGGCUCUCGGCCUAUGGAUACGAGUUCCUUCGCCAGACUGUUGACCCCUGCUCGAUUAACCUGGCUGGUCUAUGUCCUAUGGUUUCCGGAAAGAUUCCCUUCAAGUUCAAUCUGCCCAUUGGUAAAGAGAACCUGGACCAGGUACCUGGAAUUGCCUACAAUAUUCCUGAUCUUGAUGCUACUGUUCGUGUUUAUGUCAACAUGUCCGACACCGGUGAGAGUCUGGCAUGUGUCGAGGCCGAUUUCUCCAACGGAAAGACGGUCGAUCUCAAGGGUGUCAAGUGGGCUACUGCCAUCAUCGCUGGUCUUGGUCUGAUUUCUUCUGCCAUUGUUUCCGGCGUUGGCCAUGCCAACACGGCUGCUCACGUUGCUUCCAACUCGCUCUCGCUCUUCGGCUACUUCCAGGCCCAGGCCAUUCUCGGACUCACCAGCGUCGGUCUUCCCCCAAUUGUCUCUUCGUGGACCCAGGACUUCCAGUGGUCUAUGGGUAUCAUUCGCGUCGGAUUCAUGCAGGAUAUCUUCACCUGGUACCAGCGAGCAACUGGUGGUACGCCUGAGUCAAUCCUCUACAACGUUCGGCAAGUCUCAGUGCAGGUGCAGAAGCGAAGCUUGGAACUUGCCUCCACCAGUGUCGACCUUUUCAAGCGCAGUGCUGCAAUGAUGCCUCGAGGUUUCACUGAGCCGAUUGGUAACGCCGCCAGCGCUCUCACUAAGCGUGCCAACAUUCAAACAGAGGACGGAACUUAUGUCGUGUACGGUAUCCAGCGAGUUGCUUUCAAGUCCAGGAUCGAAACUACCAACUUGUUCAUGACUGGUCUUACUUUCUUCUGCAUUUUCGUCGUUAUCACUUGCUUGGCCAUGGCCGCCUUCAAGGGUGUCUGUGAGCUUUGCGUUCGCCAGAAGUGGAUGUCCCAAGACAAGUUCCUCGAGUUCCGCAACGGCUGGCUCACUGUUCUCAAGGGUAUUCUCUUCCGUUUGACCCUGAUUGGUUUCCCACAGAUGGUCAUCCUCUGCCUUUGGGAAUUCACUCAGCAGGAUUCACCUGCCGAGGUCGUCCUCGCCGUCUUCUUCCUUCUGGGCAUGACUUUCACACUCGGUUGGGGCGCCAGCAAGGUCAUUCGUAUCGCUCGCCGCUCUGUCGCUAUGCACCGAAACCCCGCCUACAUUCUGUUCUCUGAUCCCCAGGCUCUCAACAAGUGGGGUUUCCUCUACGUUCAAUUCCGAGCUUCUGCCUACUACUUCAUCGUCCCUGUCCUUGUCUACACCGUCAUCAAGGCCAUGUUCGUGGCUUUGGCCCAGAAGAGUGAUAUCGCACAGGCUGUUGGUUUCAUCAUUAUCGAAGUCGGCUUCUUGAUUGCCGCCUCCGUUCUCCGACCUUGGAUGGACAAGCCCACCAACUCAUUCAACAUCGCCAUUGCCGCCAUCAACUUCAUCAACGCUAUUUUCCUUCUUAUCUUUUCUAACGUCUUCGGCCUGCCUAAGAUUGUUGUUGGUGUUGUUGGUGUAGUUCUGUUCGUCCUGAACGCCUCGUUUGCUCUUAUCCUGCUUCUUAUGCUUAUCGUCUCGACCGCGUUGGUGUUCUUCCGCAAGAACCCCGAUGCUCGAUACCAAUUCAUGGCUGAUGACCGUGCCUCUUUCAUGAAGUCGCAGACCCAAGUCAAUGCUACAACUGAGCUUGAUGCUCUUGCAGCCACUGCCCGAGGUGACAAGUCUGGUUACAAUAAGCACCUCGACCUGGAUGAGGAGGAUUCCGUUUCAUCCGAAAGCUUGAGAAGGCGGGCUGAGGCGAACAACCACUCCCAAGCAUCCUUCCAACGAGGUGAUGCGCCUCCUCGUUCUCCUGUCAACCCAGCCAUGCCACUCUUCCCGGCUGAUGGGCGACCGUCAAGCCCUUUCCGCACUGCGUCACCAAACCCCUAUCAACAAUCCAGCUCAAAUCUAUCUCAACAAAGAUCGGCAGAUAAUGGUAGCCCCGGUGGCCACAGGGCGCAGAACAAUGCUAGUCCUUGGCAACGAGGUGCCGGCUACGAGCACUAA